UCUCUGUGGCCUGUGCACGGCUUCCGGUGGCGGGACGCGGGGCCGCGCACGCGGGAAAAGCUUCCCCGGUGUCCCCCCCAUCCCCCGCCCCCCCGCGUCCCCCCAGUGCGCCCACCUCCUGCGCCGGGGCCCUAGCGAGGCUGCAGCCUGAGGAGAUUCCCAACCUGCUGAGCAUCCGCCCACCCACUCAGGAGUUGGGGCCCAGCCCCCAGUUUACUCGGUUUCCCUUGUGCAGCCUGGGGCUCUGCCCAGGCCACCACGGGCAGGGGUCGACAUGGCAGAGACACUGGAGUUCAACGACAUCUAUCAGGAGGUGAAAGGCUCCAUGAAUGAUGGUCGACUGAGGUUGAGCCGCCAGGGCAUCAUCUUUAAGAACAGCAAGACGGGCAAAGUGGACAACAUCCAGGCUGGGGAGUUAACAGAAGGCAUCUGGCGCCGUGUUGCUCUGGGCCAUGGACUUAAACUGCUUACAAAGAAUGGCCAUGUCUACAAGUAUGAUGGCUUCCGAGAAUCGGAGUUUGAGAAGCUCUCUGAUUUCUUCAAAACUCACUAUCGCCUUGAGCUAAUGGAGAAGGACCUUUGUGUGAAGGGCUGGAACUGGGGGACGGUGAAAUUUGGUGGUGAGUCCUGGGGAAGACUGAGGUUUGGGGAGGAAGAUAGGGUGAAGGGUUUCAGCCUUUUACUUGUUUUACUCUUUUCUUUCUGCCACUGUCCCUGGUUUCCUAUAUGUUUGCAUGUUCAUCAUGUGUUUAUUGAGUACCUACAGUAUACUGGGCACUGUGCCUGGGGUUGGGGUUACAGUGUAAAGAGACUAACCCCAGUAUCCUGUCUCUGUGGAACUCAGUUUGGUGGGAAUGUUGCUUAUGCAGACUUAAGGGGAGGAGCUUGUGGCUUGAUAAGCGCUUUCCUCACAGGGCAGCUGCUUUCCUUUGACAUUGGUGAGCAGCCAGUCUUUGAGAUACCCCUCAGCAAUGUGUCCCAGUGCACCACUGGCAAGAAUGAGGUGACACUGGAAUUCCACCAAAACGAUGACGCAGAGGUGUCUCUCAUGGAGGUGCGCUUCUACGUCCCUCCCACCCAGGAGGAUGGUGUGGACCCUGUUGAGGCCUUUGCCCAGAAUGUGUUGUCGAAGGCGGAUGUAAUCCAGGCCACGGGAGAUGCCAUCUGCAUCUUCCGGGAGUUGCAGUGUCUGACUCCUCGCGGUCGUUAUGACAUUCGGAUCUACCCCACCUUUCUGCACCUGCAUGGCAAGACCUUUGACUACAAGAUCCCCUACACCACAGUACUGCGUCUGUUUUUGUUACCCCACAAGGACCAGCGACAGAUGUUCUUUGUGAUCAGCCUGGACCCCCCAAUCAAGCAAGGCCAGACUCGCUACCACUUCCUCAUCCUCCUCUUCUCCAAGGACGAGGACAUUUCGUUGACUCUGAACAUGAACGAGGAAGAAGUGGAGAAGCGCUUUGAGGGUCGCCUCACCAAGAACAUGUCAGGAUCCCUCUAUGAGAUGGUCAGCCGGGUCAUGAAAGCGCUGGUGAACCGCAAGAUCACAGUGCCAGGCAACUUCCAAGGGCACUCAGGGGCCCAGUGCAUUACCUGUUCCUACAAGGCGAGCUCAGGACUGCUCUACCCGCUGGAGCGGGGCUUCAUCUACGUCCACAAGCCACCUGUACACAUCCGCUUCGACGAGAUCUCCUUUGUCAACUUUGCUCGUGGUACCACUACGACUCGUUCUUUUGACUUUGAAAUUGAGACCAAGCAGGGCACUCAGUAUACCUUCAGCAGCAUUGAGAGGGAGGAGUAUGGGAAACUGUUUGAUUUUGUCAACGCGAAAAAACUCAACAUCAAAAACCGAGGAUUGAAAGAGGGCAUGAACCCAAGCUACGAUGAAUAUGCCGACUCUGAUGAGGAUCAGCAUGAUGCCUACUUGGAGAGGAUGAAGGAGGAAGGCAAGAUCCGGGAGGAGAAUGCCAAUGACAGCAGCGAUGACUCGGGAGAAGAAACCGAUGAGUCAUUCAACCCAGGUGAAGAGGAGGAAGAUGUGGCAGAGGAGUUUGACAGCAAUGCCUCUGCCAGCUCCUCCAGUAAUGAGGGCGACAGUGACCGGGAUGAGAAGAAGCGGAAACAGCUCAAAAAGGCCAAGAUGGCCAAGGACCGCAAGAGCCGCAAGAAGCCUGUGGAGGUGAAGAAGGGCAAAGACCCCAAUGCCCCCAAGAGGCCCAUGUCUGCAUACAUGCUAUGGCUCAAUGCCAGCCGAGAGAAGAUCAAGUCAGACCAUCCUGGCAUCAGCAUCACAGAUCUUUCCAAGAAGGCAGGCGAGAUCUGGAAGGGAAUGUCCAAAGAGAAGAAAGAGGAGUGGGAUCGCAAGGCUGAGGAUGCCAGGAGGGAAUAUGAAAAAGCCAUGAAAGAAUAUGAAGGGGGCCGAGGCGAGUCUUCUAAGAGGGAUAAGUCAAAGAAGAAGAAGAAAGUAAAGGUAAAGAUGGAAAAGAAAUCCACGCCCUCCAGGGGCUCAUCAUCCAAGUCAUCCUCAAGGCAGCUAAGUGAGAGCUUCAAGAGCAAAGAGUUUGUGUCUAGUGAUGAGAGCUCUUCGGGAGAGAACAAGAGCAAAAAGAAGAGGAGGAGGAGCGAGGACUCUGAAGAAGAAGAACUAGCCAGUACUCCCCCCAGCUCAGAGGACUCAGUGUCAGCAUCCGAUGAGUAGAAACGGAGGAAGGUUCUCUUUGCGCUUGCCUUCUCACACCCCCAGACUCCCCACAUUUUGGUACCAGUUUCUCCUCAUGAAAUGUAGUCCCUGGAUUCUGUGUCAUCUGAACAUGCUCUCCUGCUGGUGUGUAUGUCACUAGGGCCAUGGGGAGACUUCUUAACUCUGCUGCUUCCCAAGGAUGGCUGUUAAUAAUUUGGGGAGAGAUAGGGUGGGAGGCAGGGCAAUGCAGGAUUAGAAUCCUCAUCUUACUUUCCCGACCUUAAUUAAGGAUGUAGCUGCUGCUGGUCCUGUUCAAGUUGCUGGAGCAGGGGUCAUGUGAGGCCAGGCCUGUAGCUCUUACCUGGGGCCUAUUUCUACUUUUAUUUUGUAUUUCUGGUCUGUGAAAAUGAUUUAAUAAAGGGAACUGACUUUGGAAA